AUGACAAGAACAACGUCUGCAACGGAGCAAGAUGCGUCCAGCAGACCAGAACAGUUCCGCCGAUGGCGACCUUCCUACCACUUUAUAUCGGCGAGAGGAUGGAUGAACGAUCCGUGUGGGCCAGGCUAUGAUCCCAAGACCGGCCUAUACCAUCUUUCGUACCAGCAGAAUCCCAAAGGCGUAGAUUGGGGAAACAUGGCCUGGGGCUCUGCCACUUCGCCCGACUUGAUCCAUUGGACACAUCAAGAAAUGCCCUCGCUGUCGCCAGAUCAACCCUAUGACCACCAAGGCGUUUUUACCGGCUGCUUGAUCAAUGCUCGGGACGACUCGCUCACCUACGCCUACACCUCGGUCAGCCUGUUGCCCAUCCACUAUACACGGAAACAUGUUCGAGGUUCGGAGUCGCUGGCCCUGGCCAAGUCCUUCGACAGCGGUCGCUCGUGGCAGAAGAUCCCGGCCAACCCGAUCUUGCCGGGUGAGCCGGACGACAUUGAUGUCACGGGUUGGAGAGAUCCAUUUGUUGCUGCAUGGCCGUGUAUGGCAAAGCUCCUACGUAUGAAUGAAGCAGAUACGCUGUUUGGUGUCAUUUCGGGCGGGAUUCGAGAUGUGACACCGACAACGUUUCUGUAUGCCAUCCAUGCGCACGACUUGACCCAGUGGCAGUAUCUGGGGCCUUUGGCCAAUGUUGGUCUCAAUUUCUGCCCUUCUCGUUGGUCCGGCGAUAUGGGCAAGAACUGGGAGGUCACCAAUUUCAUCACCUUGCGUGACGAAGGAGAGGACAGCGUUGAGCGGAACUUGAUCAUCAUGGGCACAGAAGGUUGCUUGCCUGGCCCAUCGCCUCAUCCCACAGCAGGCUCACUUGCUCCGUCUCGUCCUCCUCGUGGUCAGCUCUGGAUGGCGGGUAGUCUGCAUUGCCCACAGCAGCAGACUGCUUCCUCUGGUCCGGUCGAGUUCAAGUACAACUACAGCGGACACCUCGAUCACGGAUGUCUCUAUGCCGUCAACUCGUUCUAUGAUCCACCAUCCCGAAAGCGAAUCGCAUGGGGCUGGAUCACAGAGGACGAUCUCUGCGAUGACUUGCGACACGCGCAGGGAUGGAGUGGCCUUCUUUCUAUGCCGCGUGAGCUCACCAUGCAGACGAUACACCACGUCGCUCGAGCAUCUGUCUCGGACUUAUCCGACAUCACAAGCAUUGAGAGGCAGCCAGAUCGCCAUGGAACAUACACCAUCCGCACCCUUGCGAGUCAACCAUAUCAACCUCUAAUCGAAGCCCUUCGUAACAGUCCUCAGGUACGCCACACACGUCUCCAAAACCGAGUCCUCGACAGUAGCAACACACAAUCCGCCCUCACUCUCGACCCCAACCCCCUCACGACCACGCACUGGGAAAUCCUCUGCCUCUUCAAACUCUCCCCAACCACCCAAUCCAUCCACCUCAGCAUCGCCCACAAGGCCGAUUUCUCGCAAUCCACCACUUUAUCCUUCCACCCACGCACCGAAACUUUCACCAUCACCCGCCCUGAAUUUCCCUUUGCAAACUCUUCACAUCUCAUUAAUAGCGAGCCUGAGCGAGCUCCACAUACCCUCUUUACUACUCGCGACCCGCACUCGGGCGAGGAAGAGCAAGAGCUGUUGCAGAUUCGAGCGUGGAGAGAUAAUUCUGUGUUGGAGGUGUUUGUUAAUGGUCGGACGGCGAUUACUACGAGAUUGUAUGCUGCUGAGGAGACUUUGGGGAUGAGGAUUUUUGUGGUUGAUGAUGAUGAUGGUGAUGGUGAUGGUGAUGGUGAUGGAUCAUCACUGGCGAAUGGUGGUGAUGUUGCGAGGAAGAGGAGGAGUGAACUUGUGGAGAUGACGAUAUGGGAUAAUAUUGGUAUAUCUUGAGAGUUCACGUUGAUUAAGGCGCUGCUUGCUGCUGCUGGAUGGUAGUCCCCCCUUUUCUUUCUCAAUAAGAGCAAUAAUCUAUCU